AUCAGUAGAAAAAUUGGGGGGAAUGGGAGGAGAGACCGGGACGUAGAAAACUGCAAUUCCCAGCAUGCAACGCGGAGCUUCCGGCUUCCGGUGUGAGGGGCAGAGUGAGUGUUUAUCCCGGCGGCUCUGCGGGCCGGGCUCCUUCCGCGGGACGGGGAGGAAGAGAGAACGAGAAAGAGAGAGGAUGUCUCUCUCGGACUGGCACCUCGCAGUGAAGUUGGCCGACCAGCCCCUGGCCCCCAAGUCCAUUCUGCGCUUGCCAGAGACGGAGCUGGGCGACUACUCCUUGGGCGCCUACAGCAUCUCUUUUCUGAAGCAGCUCAUUGCCGGCAAGCUGCAGGAGUCGGUCCCGGAUCCGGAGCUGAUUGAUCUAAUCUAUUGUGGUCGAAAGUUAAAGGAUGAACAGACUCUUGAUUUCUAUGGUAUUCAGCCUGGGUCUACAGUCCAUGUUUUGCGAAAGUCAUGGCCCGAACCAGAUCAGAAAGCAGAGCCUGUGGACAAAGUGGCUGCCCAGAGGGAGUUCCGGGUCUUGCACACUGCCUUGCAUAGCAGUCCUGCCUACCGAGAUGCAGUCUUUAAGAUGCUAGCAAAUAAAGAAUCCUUGGAUCAGAUCAUUGUAGCCACCCCAGGCCUCAGCAAUGAUCCCAUUGCACUGGGAGUGCUUCAGGAUAAGGAUCUCUUCUCCGUCUUCGCUGAUCCCAGCAUGCUGGAUACGCUGGUCCCAGCUCACCCUGCUCUAGUCAAUGCCAUCAUCCUGGUUCUGCAUUCAGUGGCAGGCAGCACUCCGCUCCCAGUGGCAGAGGCUUCUUCUCGCAACCUGCCUUCUAGUUCCUACAGGGACAUGCCAGGUGGCUUCCUGUUUGAAGGACUUUCUGAUGAUGAAGACGACUUUCAUCCAAGCACAAGGUCCACGCCCUCCAGCAGCACAUCUAGCUCACGCCCAGCAUCCCUGGGAUAUAGUGGAGCGGCUGGCCCUCGGCCCAUCACACAGAGUGAGCUGGCCACAGCCCUCGCCCUGGCCAGCACCCCGGAAAGCAGCUCUCACACCCCUACCCCUGGCACUCAGGGUCACUCUUCAGGCACUUCUCCAAUGUCCACCAGUGUCCAGUCAGGUACCCCCAUUACUAAUGAUCUCUUCAGCCAGGCACUCCAGCAUGCCCUGCAGGCCUCGGGUCAGCCAAAUCUCCAGAGCCAGUGGCAGCCUCAGCUACAGCAACUCCGAGACAUGGGCAUCCAUGAUGAUGAGCUGAGCCUCCGAGCUCUCCAGGCAACUGGGGGGGACAUCCAGGCAGCCCUGGAGCUCAUCUUUGCCGGAGGGGCUCCUUGACCCCUGUUUUUAGUACACGGGCCAGUUGGGAUGCUGUAAAGAUAAGAUGGCUGUGAAGGUCCUGGGACCAACAUAUUUCCCCAAUACACUUUAUGUGGAAACCCGCUUGCAUGUUGUAAAGCCUCCGUGGUCCGAAUGGGAGAAAUGUAACAUGAAGCAGGAGCGAUCUGCCUGGUCCUGCCAUCCUGGGACAUAAUGAAUACAUAAUGGGAUUUUGGCAUUGGUUCUGGAAAGUUUUUGGACUCAAGCCCCUACAGCAUCAUGGGCUGUGGGUCUGUGGAAUUCCAGUUCUGUGGGCCUGGGGAGUUCCAGUUCUGCAGGUCCCAUUCUCUGUUUAUGGGGAGGGGAUUGCCUCAGAGGUGUUCAGGGCUGAGUAUCUGAGGUAUCUAUUCCCUAAGAGACCCCAGGCCUGACAGUGAGGGAGAAAAGGGUUCCCCUUACUUAACAGAAAAUUUUUCUAAGUUCUGUAGCUAUUUGGAAAUCCCAUAGUCAGGAGUUCCCUCUUCGUCCUGUGGAUUUAGCCCAGAUCACAACUUCAGAAUAUUCUAGGUUAAUAAAUUUAUGAGUUGCUCUUGGGGUUUCAGGGAAAGAAAAUUGGGGUAGGACUUCCCCAGGUCUUUCCCACAAAGGGUUCGGAAUUUGGCAGCUGUUUAUCCCCCUUAGUGUACCCCUCCCUCCUCUGACAACUCUGGGGCCCUUCUGUGUUCCACCCUGAAACAAACAUGAGAGAGAGUCGGGAGACUGAAUGACAGAACCUGGAUUUGGAUCCUGGCCCACAAACCACACCCAAAUCUUAUCACCUCUCUGAAUGUGAAUCAUCCCUACACUGUCUUUCCCCAGGGUCAUCAGGCCCUAAAAGCCUUCUCUACAUAAGGAGCUAAUGGAAUUAAUGAUAAGGUCAGCCAGAUCCUCUGGGGUCCUGAAUGGCUUAGGCACUGGGCCUUCCAAGAAGCCUUUUUCUCAAGGAAUGGCCAGGCUAGAUGGGGAGGCCCAAACAUGAUCAUGGGAAAUGUUAGAUAACUUGUAAUUAGGAAGACAAAUCUGCUUCAGGGACCCAGGGUCGAGUCCAGUGUCCAGUCAGAGUAAAGUGCAGUUGGCUUUUCCAUAACAUCCCCAACAUGUGGCCAUUUGGCCUUUUCUUAAAAGCUUCCCAAAGCAGGCCCUUCCACUUUGGAACAGUUUGACUUUGGGAGCUCUCAGCCAAAAUCUCCCUCCCUAAAACUGUCCGUUUGUUUCUAGAUCCUACUCUGGACCAAUCAAAAUAAGUUCUUUAUGACAUGAUCACCCUUAAUGUGUGACAACAGCUUGUGGCCACCAUGGUCUUCUCUAAGAGUCCUGCAUCCCUUCCAUAGAUCCUUACAGGCUCGUGCCUGAAGACCCUUCCUAAGCCUGGCUGCCCUGCUCUGUAUAUACACUUUGGACUGUGCUCCAUGGGCCUACCAGCUUUUCCUGGUUCUUGGUUUCCUGCAUGAGUUGUGAAGGGGGAGGGCCAUGAAAACUUUUCUCUGUCCAUUGUGGUUUACUUGGUAUAUCGAUUAAAGGAAAUCUAUAACUCA